AUGACACGUGAUACCUCCCAGCUAAUGGAUACCAUCAUGAUGGCACCCGCAAUUCCCCCUGACAUACACAGAAGAGAUGUUCGGGCAGUCACUUAUGAAGAGGCAAAGCACUGGUGCUCCAUUGUCUACGAUGAGCUGCAUAAUCGCAUUGGGGAGGUAUUCCAUGCUUCUUCCACCAGCAUCUUGGUGGAUGGCUUCACUGAUCCUUCAGACAAUAAGAACAGAUUCUGCUUGGGGCUGCUCUCGAAUGUUAACCACAACUCCACCAUUGAGAACACUAGGCAGCAUAUUGGCAAAGGUGCUCAUCUCUAUUAUGUUGGUGGGGAGGUGUAUGCUGAGUGUCUGAGCGACAGCAGUAUUUUUGUGCAAAGUUGGAGCAGCAACUACCAUCAUGGGUUCCAUCCCACCACAGUCUGCAAAAUCCCCAGUGGCUACAGUCUGAAAAUUUUCAAUAAUCAAGAGUUUGCUCAGCUGUUGGCUCAAUCAGUUAAUCAUGGAUUUGAGACAGUGUAGGAGCUUACUAAGAUGUGCACCCUCCAUAUAGUAAAGGGUUGGGGAGCUGAGUAUCAUAGCCAAAAUGUAGCAAGCACUCCAUGCUGGAUAGAAAUACAUCUUCAUGGUCCCCUUCGAUGGCUGGAUAAAGUACUUACUCAGAUGGGCUCUCCUCAUAAACCUAUUUCUUCAAUGUCUUAA